AUGUCGGUGUACUCCCCUUUCCAGCUGAGCCAUGCGCAUCUCCCGGCGCCGUCCAACGACGACGCCUUCGAGGUCACCGUUCCCUCUGAGCGACCCUUCCCCGAGACGACGGAGCCGUACACCUCGCCGCUGAAUGCCGACCAUGCGGUUAGUGCCGCUGUUGACGCUGCGACGGGAAUCUUUGCGCGAAGCAUCUACAAUGGCUACGCUCUCGAGCUUCGAUCUCUGUCGCCCGUCAUCGCGGCCGGCAGCGGGCCUCUGCAGCACGCUGCGAUCCGCAUCAUGCUUCCCGACCAGCUUCGUCCGCUCGCCAACAACUGCAUUGUGCCUUCCACCACCGAUGGCAAUCUUUACGUUGUCGUUGUUACCCAGGCCAAUGUUGUGUACCGCUUCGAGUUUGACCUCGGUUCGUUUGUCGACCGAGGAGAUCGCAUCACGUUCAACCCCAAGCACGACUGGUGCGAGGAGUGGGAGGUCAACGAGGAGCUCAUUAGCUCGGCGGGAGAGGUCGGAUCCUGGUCUAUUGCCAACCAGGACACGGUUAUCCUGGGAUGCGGAGACGGAGGCAUCAUCCAGGUUGCUCGCACUCCGAACUCGACAUCAGAAGAGCACCACCGCGCGUCUCACCGAUUGUUCGGCGGUCUGUUCUCCCGAACGGUGGACGAAACCGUCACGUCGAUUGCCGAGUUUGACCUCGUGGACCAGAUGCCGGUCAUGUACACGUUCUCCCGCGACUCGAAGCUGCGCACUUGGUCUUCCGUGUCUGGCCACUGCCUCAAGACAAUGGACGUCAGGACGCCAUCAACGCAGGCGCUUGUUCAGGGAACACCGACGAUGCAGCAGCUUCCGGAGGCGACGACGUCGCUGAUCCGCGUUGUGCCGCAUCCGAGCCCCAACCCGCGAGUGUCGCACAUCGUUGUUGUGUUCGUCCCGACGCCGUUCGCUUCCAACUCGGCCGGUAUCUUCGUCUUCUACCGAGGAAACAACGGUGCGCACCACGCUAACGACCUGGUGUACGCUGCCGAGCUUCCCGCUUCUUCCGAUACUGCAGGCUGGAAUCUUCGCGGCUUCGAGAUCGAGCCGCCACUGCGUACAGACUCGAAGGAUGGAUGGCGGUUGUGGACAGCUUGGGACGACCAGGGCACCUUCGUUGCUGAGUCGGUUCCGGUCAACCACAUCCUGCAGUUCACGACAUACCUCGAGCCGUCAUUCGAGUCUGAUUUGGUGUUCUCAUGGCAGCGGGCCGCGUACGACUCGGAAGUCGACCGCCUCGAUGCGCCGUACUUUGACAACAUUCUGGGCCUCGAGGCGCCGGAGCCGACGGAGCCGUACAACAACUCGGACAUUGCCGCGACGUUUAUCGACCAUCUGUUCUUCCCUGGACGCUUCUCGCAACUGAACCUGGAGGCGGCGCUUGACGACUACAUCGACCAGCUCCCGCAAGCGAAACAGGACCAGCUGCUUCUCAAUAUCUACCCCUCGCUCUCCAGCAAGUUCGAGGCUGCCGUCGGCAGCCAGCUCCGCAUGGAGACCAGCCCGCAGACGGGCGCGCCCGUCGUUGACCAGUUCCGCAAGCAGCUCAAGCUGGAGUGGCUCGGUAUCUGGGCGCGUGUGCGUGAGCUUGACAAGCAGGGACGAUGGCCCGUCGGCACCGCUUCCAUGAACGGACAGGUUCUGAUUCUCGACCGCGAGGGUGGUUCCGUGCCGGUGCAGGAGGACACGCCGGGCGUUCUCGUCGACCUCGGUGCGCACACCGACAAGGCGACUCGUUUCCAGGCGCUGCCGGAGGGCGCCCUUCUGCCGCAGUAUGCGCCCCUUGCCCCGCCGCAAUCGCGCCGGUGCCUGACCGCGCUUGCUGUGGCGGGUAACGAUCUCGCGACGGCGCUGCAGGCGCAGGAGCCGCACCCGCACCUGGUACAGGAGGAGGCGCGGACGCCUCUCGACGACGUGAUCAGCUACGCGAGUGCCGAGCGCAACACCGCUCUGGAUGCGUUCGCCGCCGCCUUCGACGAGGUUUUGGGACAGGGUGCUUCGAUGCCUGUCGAGAACCUCGCUGGCGCUCUCUGGGACGACAUGGUUGAGCCGUACAUCACCGACGGACAGCGGGAAGCUGUGCAGCGCGCGCUCUCUGAGAGCUCAGAUAUCACGCGAACGCUGUCUGAGGCUUUGGACAUUCUUGCCACGCCGCCGCAACCGAUCUCGGGCGGAAAGGAGGCGGAGCGCUGGUCGUUCAGCGGUUUCGGCAACGCUCUGCUCUCGUCUGCUGUCGCCAACGUGCUCCAGGCGAGGUACGUGCUUGCGCGCAACGUGCUGCUCGUCUCGCUGUGGCAUCUCGCCACAUCACCGGACCCGUCAGCCGAGGAUGACGAGUCUGAGGCGCUCAUCGAGGUGCUCGCUCGCGCGCAGGCGACGUACCACCGAUACUCUGUCGGCCGUUGGGUGUCGGAGCAGACGGGCGAGGAGGCGGCUGAGGCGUCCCGCGUCCGCCGAGCCGCUAGGAAGGACGAUGUGCUUGCUGAGUUCGACGGACUGCGUAUGCGCGACACUCCUGGCGGUGACGGAGACUACGACACGGCUUACUCGCUUUUGCACUCUCUCCUUGCUUCCGAGCUUGCGCAGGCGCCGCCAGCCGACACACUCGCCGGUCUCUUCGACGCCGCGUCUGCGUUCGUUGCCAGCCUCGACCUCCUGUCUCCUGACCAAAUCGAUGUCGAGCCCGAGGCUGCUGACGUCAAGCUCGCCUAUGCCGUGCUUAGCGACGGCCACCCCCGAGCCGCCGUCGAGCUCACGGAGCGCUACCCGCUCAGCAGCGGUAUGGCGUUCGUUCGUGGCCGUGCUCUCCUCGAGCGCGGCGAUCAGGAGGGCGUGCGCUACCUCGAGCUCGCGGCCCAGGGAUGCCGUGACGGUUCGCUCGCCUGCAUCCUGCCGGCUUGCACGAGCCCGAACGCCCUGGGCGAGUACUACCGCCGCGCGCUCGCCAUUGCGGACGAGCACGGUCUCGACUCUGCCGUUGCGCACUUCGGUACUCUCGCCAUCUCGCAUAUGCCCGACAGCGACACCAGGGCACUGUACACCCGCGUCUUCCUUGCGCACCUUGCGCAGGGCGAGUACGAGGCUGCCUACAGCGUUCUGACGUCCGCGCCGCACCAUGACAUCAAGCGCGACCUUCUCGGCCAGCUCAUCAGCGGCAUGUGUGAGGCGGGCCAGGUCGGCCGCCUCACGCGAUUGGGCUUCAUUGGUUUCCAGCGUGACGUCGAGGAGCGCCUCACCUUCAAGGCGCGCAACAGCGACCCCCUCAAGGCGCCCAACUACUACCGCGUGUUGUACUCGUGGCACAUCGCCAGGGGUGACUACCGCUCCGCCGCUGAGAUCAUGUACGCUCAGGGCCAGCGGUUUGCUUCUCUCCUCGCCUCGUCCUCGGGACGUAUCUCGCCUUACUCCCUCAGCGCGAUGCAGGCGCAGUCGUACCUCGCUGCGAUCAACGCGCUCGCGCUCGUCGACAAGCGCAACGCCUGGAUCUCCGUUCUCACCGACACGCCGCAGCGCACCUCGUCUAACAUCCCGAAGGAAGAGUUCGAGGACGGUACCGGGCCCGUCGACAUUGUCACGCUCCAGGACAUGCGGGCAGAGUACGCGACGGUGCUGGGGCAGCUGAAGCUGACUGGGGCGAACCCGAAUCUCGUCGAUGCGGCCGUUACGCUGUCUGCGGCCGAGCUCGUGGGCCUGUUUACGCAGCGUGCGCAGUUCGACGACGCAUUCUCCACCGCGGCCGCGUCGGGCACGGACAUGACGGACAUCUUUGUGGCGGUGGCGGAGCGCUGUGUCGACCUGGAGCAGCGCCCGAACGCCUCCGUUGACGGAUACAACAGCAGCGAGGCAUGGCUCGCCGCGUCGCCCAUCACCGCCCGGCUGCGCGGCAGCCCCUCGGCCCUCGCGCAGCGAUACCUCCAAACCUCGCUAUCGCGGCACGACACGGCAAAGACGGGAUACCGGUACACCUCGUCUGUGGCCGACGUCUUCUUCGCGAACGCGCGUAGUAUGCCCGCGUGGGUCGCCAGUGCCGAGAUGGCGCGGGACGCCGAGAGCUUCAUCUCGCGCGCGCUCGCGGCGGGAUGGACGCGGGAGGCGCUCGGCUGGGCGUCCGAGCUCCUCGGGGGGCUGGCGCCGCCAGACCUCCUGCCGAAGCGCGACGCAGCGGCCGACGCGCCGUACAACCUCCUCGACCGCGUUAUGGCGGCGGCCAAGCAGGCCGAGGAGGCCGAGAUCAAGAAGGCGGCCGAGGAGAUGAAGAGUCAGAUUGGCAAGAGAGUAGAGGGUCUUAAGGCGAUCAAGGCGUAG